UGCCCCGACCCCCCGGUGUUGGGGGACAAAGCCAUGGCGGCCAGUCUUCUUCUGUUGGGCUCUCGCUCUCACGCCAACUCCACCGUCAGUGACGUAUGCAUCACGUGUCCGUCUCUUCCUCGCUACGUCCGCCGUGUUUUCCUCCCCCUUCGCUGGUUGCUUUCACACUGGAACCACUCGAAAUAAACAAGCCCAAGCUGAAGGGGGUGGUCGUGGUCGCCAGCAACCGGGCUCCAGCGUCUUGCACCGGCCGAUGGACCGAACAGUUUCCACCUUGAAGUUACCAUCAAUGAGGCGCAGACCUCCCGUCAAUUACUGGUUCCGCUGAGCUCGUAUCAUUGAAAACUUUUGUGUGUGCCGACAACGGUGAGAUUUUUCCUCCAGGCUGCCAUGAGAGCUAGAAGUGGACAUAGGGACAUGCUGUGGAUUCUCCCUCCCUCCAUCCCUGGCCUAUAGGCUACCAAAAACGGCACAUCCUCCCAAGCGCACCCUUCUCGCAGCCAUUUUAGCAACCCCCCCUCCACUGUGUGGCCACACGAUGGCCAGCAAGAGGAAGUCCACUAUACCUUGUAUGAUCCCCAGCAAGAUCAUUCACCAGUCUGAGGAUAUUGAACAGGGCAUUCCUGUUCUUCAGCGGCAAAUUACGAUUUCCGGAAGUGGCGCACACAGCCCGUCAGGCCCUGCAGACUCUCCCACGUCAGAGGCAGCAGACCCUGUCACUGAUGACACAGGCACCUAUAUCUGCAAGCCUUGCAACUUUGAAACCUAUGACCUUAAUUUGUUCUUGGACCAUGUGUACGCCGGGCACCCAGAAUUCCGUUCGGACCCGAGUUUCCUCUGUGUGAGCUGUGGGUUUUCUGCGCUUAAAUUUGAGGGACUGGCUCUGCAUAAUGCCAGGAUUCACCCCAGCACAUUUAACAGCCCUCUGCAGCUGAGAAAAUUGGACAAGAGGGUGGUGGUGGAGCAGACUAUUGUAACUGGGACAGACGAGGGGAAGGAUGAGAUUUCCAUCACCAAAACUCCUAUCAUGAGGAUGCUGAAGGGCAAAACGGAGCCUAAACGAAUUGUAGUGUCUCACCCAGUUUCUGAUGAUCCUUCCCCAGGCCAACACUCCACCUCUAGCCCCAAGGAGCCUGAGAGAAAAGAGACUGCAGUUGCAGUGACCCAGGUGGCUCAUGUACCCACAAUUGUCCACAAUGGCACAACCAAGGUCACGCUACCCUCUGCAAUUCAGAUUGUCAACGGCUCUGGAGCUUUACCUGUUCUCAAAACCCCUAUUACACAGGUAGUUUCUGUUCAGAACAAAAGCCUGCAUCAGUCUUCUCCCAUCGCAGCUUCCUCAGAUGCCUCAUCUUCCAAGAAUCUCCCCAAGGUGAUGAUUCCUUUGAGCAGUAUCCCCACCUAUAAUGCCUCCAUGGACUCGUCAUCCUUUUUGAAGACAUCCUUUGGCAAAUUCCCAUAUCCCACAAAGGCGGAGCUCUGCUACCUGACUGUGGUCACAAAGUUCCCAGAGGAACAGAUCAAGAUCUGGUUCACAGCACAGAGACUCAAACAAGGGAUUAGUUGGUCUCCUGAGGAGAUCGAGGAGGCCAGGAGAAAAAUGUUCAACACCAUCAUCCAUACUGCAUCCACUGGCACACAGAAUCGGUCACAGAGUCGCCCAAGUCCUGCUCAACCCACAAUCACUCUCCUCGGGGCCACUGGGAUCCCUCAAAUCCUGCAGGGCUCUCUUGUUAGCCCAGGCGGCGUAAUCGUCACACAGCCUGUAGUAGCCAAUGGCAUUCAGGUCAGUAGUGCCCCUGUGGCACUGGCUGUCACACCCAAGCCCCAGGCAGCAGCCAAGCCCAUGAUGCAGGCCCGACCUGCUGCAGCCCUAGUGGCCGACAAGGGCACUAGCAUGAUUUUGGGGGCGGUGGCCAGCAGCAGUACAGGAAGCAACGUCAUCAGCAGCAGUAAAAGUAGUAGGAGUGGAGGAGGGGCUGCUAGCAGCAUCAUUAGCAGCAGCCAAGCCAGCAUCAUCAACCUCACGCUGGGUAGCAAUAAUCACAGCAAUGCAAAGGUGAGUAAUGUCAGUACGAAACACAACAGUGCUCAUGGCAGGAGCAAUAGUAACAUAAGCAGCCAUGCCUAUACGGCUCAAGGCAGCACUGAUGCGAAGAACCCCCAUGUCAGCAAAACUACCAACACCGGCACCGUGCAGAGUGACAGUAAAGUGGUCACAGAUAUCAAAAAGCUCACAGACAGCAAGCCUUCAAGUAGCGGCAACACAACGGAUAACAGUGGACAAAAGAGCACAGAUGUGAACGGUAGUGACAACAAAAAUGACACCUCUAGCACAAGAGCAGAUGAUCUCGACCCGAGCACAAGUGAUUCCUUCAGAAUGGAUGAGGCCUCCUCCCCUUCCUCCAAAUCCUCAUCACCAUCUCCUGCGGCGGGUGCCUCCAGUGCCUGCCUGAGUUCCCGCAGCAUCAGUGCAUUCCUGGAUCCCACUUUUUACAAGGGCAAGAAGUCUCAGGAACAGCUCAACACUCUCAAGGAUAGUUUUCUGAGCAACCAGUACCCAGACCAGGAGGAGGUAGACCGCCUCAUCUCUCUGACUGGGCUCACGGUGCGAGAAGUGCGCAAGUGGUUCAGCGAUCGGCGCUACCACUUUCGCAACCUUAAAGGCCCACGCUCCAGCACAGGUGCAGCCAACAAGUCAUCAGCGGGGAGUGGUGUGUCAGGGGGCGGUGAUGCAGGCAGCACCAGUCCUAUGGAUCUUUCUGAAACCAGCAGCAGUGGUGCGAAAACUCCACAGCACAGUUCAGCUCCUCUGAGCCCAGCCUCCUCAAUGCAUACUCCCACCUCUCCCACCACUCCCUCACGCAGACUGCCCAGAUCACCUUCUCCUGAUUUCACAGCGGUCCGCUACAAGGAGAGAGAACCCCACCAGAUAAAAGCGCUGGAGGCCAGCUUCGCCCAGGAGCCUGAGCCAUUACCAGAAGAAGUGGACAGACUGCGAUGUGAGACCAAGAUGACCAGGAGGGAGAUCCAUAACUGGUUCACAGAGAGGAGGAAGAAAGCUGCAGCAGCCGAGAAAAGGAAAGAGGAGGCAGAGCGGGCGCUCAGAGGAAACGAAGAAGGGGAGCAGAUGGAAAUCGAUGGAGAGGAGAGACUAAACGACGACGCUUCUGGAGAACUGAAAGUCAACCCAAUUAAGAUCAAUCUGAAGAUGCUGAAGGUGACUGAGUCUAAUGGUAAAUCGGAGGGUGAGGUGCUGGACUGCCCCACGCUCACUGUUCAGUCCAGCACCUCCAUUAACCCCAUGCCAACCCUCACCCCCAAACCAUCACACUCCCCCAAACCCCCAGUCCUGCGAGGUAAGAAGACCGCCGAGCAGCUGCACCUCCUCAAGCAAGUGUACGCCCGGACACAGUGGCCCAGCGCCGCUCAGUACGAUGAACUCCUCUCAGGCACGGGGCUGCCCCGACCCGACGUGGUGCGCUGGUUUGGGGACUGUCGCUACAUGCAGAAGAACAGUCAGCUCAAGUGGCUGGAGGCUUACCAGAACAUGGCCCUGGAGGAAGACUUGCAGAAGGACAAUGCGCACGUCCUCCAGGCUCACCUCGAUGUCAAUGGCAGCCAGGAGGAGUCGCAGUUACAGGAACUGACCAAGGCUACUGGCUUGACAACAGACCUGGUGCGACAUUGGUUCGCCACCAGAGCAUCUGUGGCUCAGAGGGAGCCAACAUCAGCAGUAAAGCCCACUUUGAGCGGAGCAGCCCAGCCACCAUCAUCUGCAGGCUCCUCCCCUCUGGAGCCACAUCCAAGAGGAGGGAGGAACGAGAAAAUAGAGCAGUCGCUGUGCGGCACCGCAAGCCAAGCGGAGGAGGGCAAUACUGACAAGACUGUGUCUCCAACUGAAGGAGCAGAUUGAGGUUUUUUCUCUGCCCUGGUGGUCUUUCUGGAGCUGCAGACAGGAUGGCUGGAAUGAGCCUGGGAACCUCAUCUCCCCCUUGAUAGGUGGAUGUGACCUCACCCUCUUUGUGAGAUGGACACAUACCUUUGGCUGUACCCCUCACCUUCUGUUUGGCCUUCCCCUGUCCUUCAUGCUUUCCAAUGUCCUGUCGCCAUGUUCUGUAUAGAAUGUUGAAGUAGAAAUGGUGUUUAUGGAAGUAAAAACUGAGGUUAGAGUAUAAGUAGAUUCAGCAGAUGUUGAUCAGUUGCGGGGCGAGGGGGUCUCCAGUUAUUAACAAGGCACGUGGAGUGUGUUCGCACUGUUGAUUCACUGUAGAUUGUUUUGCUGCUGGGUGUUUCCUGAAGCCUUAAAAGUAAAAACAUCACAUCUUGCACUCACUCACUUUGGAUUCUGGCAACUGAAGUGAAAUGUGCAAGUUGGGCUCUUUAGCGUCUUAUGAAAAACUAAGCACUGAUGGAUCUUUGCGCAAGGCUGUUUUUUUUUUUUUGUUGUCAUUGUUCUUUUUGAGUUAUGUGGGCGUUUCCUACAUAUACAUUGGUCUACGUCAAAGCAGUACAGUAACAGUUGCAGGUUUUAAGCAGAUUCUAUUACUACCGAUCAGCGACCACUUAGCAGAGACAAUGUCGUGUAGUUUUCUAGAAGUUCAUCCAAAGAACAGAAAACUAAUAGGUGGUCUUUUUGUGCUUAGCAUCAAGUGCUUCUUGAUAUCAUUGAACAAUUGUUUUUAAUGGAACUUUCUUACAUACAUUUCACUGUAAAAGAACAGAACUUUUCCAGAGUUCCUUACUUAGGUUUAAUGUAUCAUUUUUACAGGUGGUAUUUGCAGAAUAAACUGAAUGUAAUGAAGUGUUAGCUCAUGGGCUCAUUACUUAGUAAAAAUUGCAAUAGCGUCACAUUUUGUGGAAGACAAACACAAUCUACCGUAUGUGUGACUUAAGAGUGAGCAAACAUGUUCUUUGCAUGUAAAGAGUCUGCAAAUGAAAUAAGACAGCACCAUAUAAAGUAUUUUAUUUACUUCUCAGGCUUGAAUAUGUUACUUAUGAAAGGCAAAAUUAAAAUGGAUUUUCCUCCUCUCCAUAGUUCUAGGCACAUUACAGAAAAGGCGACAGUGUCAGUGAUGAGACAACAUGGGUGAAAACAAGACACUUAUGGACCCUACACAGCCAUCCAAGCAGCUCUUGUUGGAUUCUGACUGAAUCCCUAACUGCAAGAAGCAAUCAUAUAGGCAUAUAGUCUUUCACGUGUUGAGACCCUAUCAGUAACAACAGGUGUGGCUGUACCAUGUCUAUGUAGAUGAAUGCUGUGUUCAUGUGUGCAGACUGAUGCAUGUAGAUGGACAUUUGUAGUAAUGAAGCAUCAUCAAGAAACAAUGACAGAUGGCAGGAAAAAGCAUUAUGGGGUACACACACAUGCUUCUAAAAAUCUGUCAGUUGAAACAAGCAUGGACACCAAUCCCUGCUCUCACCUUACACCGUAUGGCUUAGGUGUGUCUCAGUGGUCCAACACUGAGCAACAAUACUGAAUUGACACAUCACACAGAAAUGGAGAAAACGCAAGUUAUAUAUACAAACUCUAUCUUGGUCCAUGGAAGUGAAGACAGCAGCCACGUUAAAUGAAAAUCUCUGACUGGACACGAUGGCAGCACCAACAUUUUACAUUGAAGUGGUGUUAAAAUGGCAUGAUUUUCCUCAAAUCGUAACAGGUUAGGUGCAGUAGGUUAGCACCUUUGCUUACACAGUACAUUUAAAAUAGUGGAGGGUUUUCUGAUCACGGUGCCAUUCAAUUUUGAUUGAACUGAUGACACUGAAGAAAGGGGCUGUAAAGAAUGGAAAUAUAAGCAAUAAUAUGGCUUUCAGACACUUACAACACUCACAAUAGCUCAUUAACUGUAGCAAAUGAGAUUUUAAAAAAAAGGAUCAUUUUAAGUGAGCACACAAUGUGGCAUCAUACUGACCUUUGAAUGUUUAAGACUGGCUUAUAAUGCAGGAAAAUGGAAGGAUGGAAUGUAGGAAAAAUGACUGGCUGUGUUGAGAGUAAUGUAUGAUUGUGCCUACUCUGUCACUGCUAUGACUUCUUCCUGAUGCCUUUCACAAUAAACCAAAAAAUUAAAUAUGCAAGAGGAGGUGCAUAAUAUCCUCCAAAGCGCUAAGACAUUAAAAACAGUCGCAGAGAGCCCUCGUGUUUUACACAUAUACAUAAAAAAAAUGGAAAGGUCACAUUAUGAAUGUUAAAUAAUUAAAAACAUGGAGACAGCUCUUUGAGAGCAGGUGAGAAGCUGCUGCCCUCUAGCCGACAGCACAGCAGGAAUAAAUACAUUAUGUUCAUACUUGUAUACGCCCAAUGGAGACGAGCAAACAAACUGAACCGCAAAACAAUUUCAGCGCUCUGAGCUUCCCUCCAUUUAGCUGCUGCUGUACACACUUAGAGCGCAAGAGAGGACAACAUCUUAUCCAGCUUUCCUCUUCCUGUAUCUUCUGUCUUGACGUCACAGUCUCAUCCUCUGAGCGGUGAGCAGGCUGUGCAGGCAUGAGGGAAGCAGCAAGAGGGGUGGGUAUGCCUGAAAUGUAGGCCAAAGCGGUGGCGGCCGUUUCCAUGGAAACUGUUCACAGCAGUCAGUGACAUCAUCAGUACGGGCAGAGGCGACUGGAGGCGGGCAGGAGAGAGGGUGCAACACAAAUGUGUCUCCAUGGGAGUUUUAGACACGAUUCUCUCCACCCACUCUGGUCCUCCGCAGCAUCCUGAGGUAGAGACAGAAGACAAGCGUCAUGUCUGGAAUUUUCUAUCGCAUGUACGCAUGCACACACACACACAACCUUCUGUUCUGUGGGUCCAUGUGGUCUAGCAGAGGCUCUUGUGACACCCUGAAGUCAUCAAGAGGCGACUGGUAGCGAGAGUCGAAAGAGCCCUCUCUGCCCCUGUAAGCUGCCACAGCCUGGGCUGGCGACUGGGGCACAGGGGACAUGUUGGAGGAGGUGGAUGACACUGAGCUGUGAUCCCCAAAACGUUCACGUCCAGCCUGGACCGAUAUCGAGCUUGACGAGGUCACAGAGAACGGGCACACGAUCUCUCCAUUUUCAUCCUGAGAAGACCGAUGCAGCAAAGGUGUCACUUUCUACAGCUUUUACUGUUCAGAGUCAUGGAUGAGUCGGAUCUGAUACCAGAUGACUUGGGCAAGAGGAGGGAUACACUCUGGACUACUGCCAAGUUUUAACCUUUAACGUGAUCUUAGGACCACACCACAAGUGGUCCUUAGAUUAUUUACAUGUGGAUCAAGAACCAGGUGAUGUCUUGCUUAACCAACGUGCGGCUGAGUCACGAUGCUUACUCUUCCACUGAUGAUAUCCAUGUGGACCAACAAGGAGGCCAACUCCAGGUCCUCGUUGAAGCUGUUCUUCAGAGGGACUGACCGAUAACCUGCCACAAUGCAAAUGAAAGCAUGUCGAAGAUGCAGGAGGCCGAUGCAGCAGUGUGUUGGUGUGUUGUGUUCAUGUGCUGCGGCAGUAUACCUGUCUUCAGGCUGUGAAUGGGGAAUGUGGCCUGAGCCAGGAAGUUUUGGUCACUGAACAUGUCGAUCUCAUAGACCACAAAGCGCAGGAAGGCAAAGGCCGAGUUGCACACUGAGAACUGGAAUGGCUUUCUGGGCCACGUGGGGUUCAGACCAUUAUCAGCUAGAACAGGAAACAAGAUGUAGGCAGAAAGAUAAGACAGUCGUCAUGUGAGUUAGUGAAGAAGAUUACAUACUGUAGUAUAUACACACACACACACACACACACACACUAAUGCAGGGGGGCGUGCAGCACCUCACAAAAGUAAGUACACCCCUCAUAUUUCUGCUUUUUAAAAAAAAUAUAUCUCUUCAUGAGACGACACUGAAGAAACACCACUUUGAUACAAUGUAAAGUAGUCAGUGUACAGCUUGUACUACAGUGUAAAUAUGCGGCUCAGUUUACAAAGGGAGGGCAACGUGCUCUGCUACAGUAUGUCACAACUGGGUCUGUGAAUCAAUUAAAAUAUUUAAUAGCAAUUAAUUACACGUUGUCCAUAGUUAACUUGUAAUUAAUCGCAGAUUAACAAGUUUUCUAACAUGUUUACCUUUAAAAAUCAUUUUCAAGUUUUUAACACACCUAUCAACAUGAGACAACAUGAGUUAAACUGUCCAUCACUCAAAUAUCAUUCUCUUCAAGAAAAUAAUCUCACAAAAUAUAAUUGUGACUAACAUUACAAAUAAAGGUUUGCAAACUAAGUGAAAUGAAAACAAGGUGUUAGAAAAAACAAAAAAUAGAGUACUCAACAAGUCAGUAGUUUACCGAACUAGGACUGCGCCCAUAUACUGUAGUGCAGUCAGACUAUAGCCUAUACUUCACUUCCAAACACUUUUACAGACGUACAGUGGUGUGAAAAAGUGUUUGCCCCUUUCCUGAUUUCAUUUUUUGCAUGUUUGUCACACUUAAAUGUUUCAGAUCAUCAAACAAAUUUAAAUAAUGACAACAGAACUGAACACAAAAUGCAGUUUUUAAAUGAAACUUUUUAUUAGUAAGGGAGAAAAAAAAAUCCAAACCUACAUGGCCCUGUGUGGAAAAGUGAUUCCCCCCCCCGUUAAAACAAUUUAGCUGAGAUUAAUUGACAUCUAUCAGUCUGGAAAAGGUUAUAAAGGCAUUUCUAAAGCUUUGGGACUCCAGCAAACCACAGUGAGAGCCAUUAUCCACAAAUCGUGAAAACACGGAACAGUGGUGAACCUUCCCAGGAGUGGCCGGCCAAACAAAAUGACCCAAAGAGUGCGGCGAUGACUCACCCAAGAGGUCACAAAAGACCCCACAACAACAUCCAAAGAACUGCAGACCUCACUUUCCUCAGUUAAGGUCAGUGUUCAUGACUCCACCAUAACCAAAAUUGAGACAAGCCCUAAUGUUCUUUUAGUUCAGCAGUGGUUUUCGUUUUGCAAUUCUACCAUGCAGGCCUUUUUUUGCCCAGUGUCUUUAAGGCUUGUCUCAAUUUUGCCAGAAAACAUCUUGAUGAUUCCCAAAACCUUUGGGGAAAUAAUCUGUGGUCUGACGAGACAACAGUUGAACUUUUUGGAAGGUGUCCCAUUACAUCUGGCAUAAAAGUAACGCCGCAUUUCAGACAAAGAACGUCAUACCAACAGUAAAAUAUGGUGGUGGUGGUAGUGUGAUGUUUUGCUGCUUCAGGACCUGGAAGACCUGCUGUGAUAAAUGGAACCAUGAAUUCCUCUGUCUACCAAAAAAUCCUGAAGGAGAAAGUCCAGCCAUCUGUUUGUGACCUCAAGCUGAAACCAACUUGGGUUCUGCAGCAGGACAAUGAUCCAAAACACACCAGCAAGUCCACCUCUGAAGAAAAACAAAUGAAGACUUUGGAGUGGUCUAGUCAAAGUCCUGACUUGAAUUCUAUUAAGAUGCUGUGGCAUAAGCUUAAACAGGCGAUUCAUGCUGGAAAACCCUCCAAUGUGGCUGAAUUACAACAAUUCUGCAAAGAUGAGUGGGCCAAAAUUCCUCCACAGCGCUGUAAGAGACUCAUUGCAAGUUAUCGGCAACACUUGACUGCAAUUGUUGCUGCUAAGGGUGGCCCAACCAGUUAUUAGGUUUAGGGGGCAAUCACUUUUUCACACAGGGCCAUGUAGGUUUUGAUUUUUUUUUCUACGUUAGUAAUUAAAAGUUUCAUUUUAAAAACUGCAAAACUGACUAAUAUUUAAAUUAGUUUGAAUAUCUAAAACAUAUUAGUGUGACAAACAUGCAAAAAAAAUAAAUCAGGAAGGGGGGGGCAAACACACAGACAAACCCUAUUUUACACACACUUUUCUUAGGCGACUUGAUCUCGGUCAAAGCAUGGCACCGCAGGUCUUUCAACAUGUAUGCAACUUUUAUUAUGCUAAUAAAUUGCUAAUAAACAAUAAUAAAUAACGCUAAUAAAUUCGCUCACAAGCCUUUACUGUCAUCUCAUUGAGCGCUGUGUUUGCUCACUUCCCCCUUUGUCACAUUGACACAAGUCCCACAAAUAGCUGUCCUCGGCUAUGCCUGACAGUAACUAGCGGCUCGUAACCCAAGUUUUAACUCGCAGUUCAAAGCAAAAAAGUCAGCCGGGAGACGGCUCGCAUCUAAAAAACACUCGUUAGUUGGGACACUUGUAUGCCAAGGUACCGCUGUAUAAAUGGCAAUAGAAAAAUACCUGCAGUACCUUCUCUCCUCUCUCUGGUGUUUGAGACUCGGCCUACUUCGGUGAGAACUCAACUCACAACGACAGGAAACACAAAUAACUUCCUCUGCCAGGGCUUUGAAGCUAAACUUACCGUGACAAUUAACAUUUCCUUUGUCCAUUUCAGCUCAAUAUUUCUUCUCACUUGUGGCUCCACAUCAACUACCACACCGCUGCGUUUCCUCAAACUGCGGUACGACCGAGAGUCAAAAAGAACGUGCACACGUGAAUCGGGCGCCAAAAAAAAAAAAAAAAAAAGCGCCAUUAAAGGAAAUUUUCGUUCAGUCGUUCUUAUCGCGUUAACUUUGACAGCUCUAGUCACAACCUGUUAGCAUCUAUGUUUCCCUCAUUGAACUGUUGCUCCCCAGUGCUGGCAGCACUCAUGCAGCCCCACACCAUGACACUCCCACCACCAUGCUUGACUUGUAGACAAGACACACUUAUCUUUGGACUUCUCACCUGGUUGCUGGCACACACGCUUGACCGCUUCCACCUCGGCAACAAUGCUGGCAGCGCUCGCAUGUCUAAUUUACAAACAACUUCUGGAUAUGACACUGAGCACCUGCAUUCAACUUCCUCAGGUUAACAUGGCGAGGACUGUUCUGAGAGGAAGCUGUACUGUUAAAGCGCCGUUUGGUCUUGGCCACUGUGCUGCAGCACACCUUCAGGGUUUUGGCAACCUUCUUAUAGCCUAGAACAUACAGUAUUUACUGUAUGUAAAGCAACAAUUCUGUCCGCCCCCACAUCCUCAGAGAGCUCUUUGUCAUGAUGCGCGGUGUCCCAGUGACCGGUAUGAAAGGGUGUGACAGCAAUAACACCAAAAUUAACACACCUGAUCCCCAUUCACACCUAAGGCCUUGUAAUUAUAACAAGUCACAUGACUGAGGGGACAAAAAAUGACUAAGUGGGCCCAAUUUGAACAGUUUCAAUUAGGUGUGUAUUCACUUUUGUUGCCAGUACACUAGGUUCUCAACUUAUGAACACAGUUGGUUCCAGAUGACUGUUCGCAAGUCGAACAAAAGGUAAUUUAACAAUUAUAUACUAUAUAAUAUAGGUACUACAUGUACGUGUAUACAUAUACACAUAUAUGCGUAUGUAUGUAAAUAUGAGUUUGGAUGUAGUAGUAAUAUUAAACGAGGAUAAUUAAUGAAAAUAAACAAUAAUAAUAAAAAUGAUAUAGUAAUACAUAAUGAUGUUAUUUACCUUUGAAGAGGAGUGGUCGAGCAUAUAGUAAGUAGUUGGUGGUAGUGGUGGAGGAGGAGGAGUUAUUGAAAAAAGGACAAAUCGUCGUCGUCGUUAGACUCUUCUAAAAGAGGUACUUCAGGGGAAACUAUUGAGGUGGAAGGAAUUGGCGACGAAGGUGCAGACGAUGGUGUAGGCAUUGGUGGCGAGUCACUUGGUGAGGACGGUGCAGGAGUAGCAGAUCUACGUUUGAAGAAGCUUUCAAUGGAAGUUUGUAUGGUCUUCCAGUGUCUAUCCACGUGACCUUUCAGCCUUAUUUCCCAUCAAUAAUGCACAACAGCUGGGGUUGGAACCACUGACCGCUACUUAUGAUGGGGGCACUCGCCUGAACAGCACGGUUGAAGCAAACAAGCUCCUUUGCAAAGUUUAAAAUGUAAGAAACCUAUGAAUUACAGUAUGUUUGAGGCAUUUUGUUGUUUAAGAUGUAAGCUAUAAUGUGAUAUGUCUGUUCAAGUUUUGCACUUGCUGCACUGCUGAGCGACCAUGACGAUGUAUAUUUUUAUU